GGACUAUAUAAAUAAAUAGUGGGUGAGUAGGGUUGGCUUGCGCUCAGACUGAGGUGUUCGUGCUUCUCCUUCAGCGCCAGCGUAGAGCUCUUGGAACGGGUCGCUGAGCCGCGUGCGUCGCCCCCGCUUUCCUGCGCCAUGUCCGGCCGUGGUAAGGGCAGCGGCAAGACCCGCGCUAAGGCUAAAUCUCGCUCGUCCCGCGCCGGGCUGCAGUUCCCGGUGGGGCGCGUGCACCGGCUGCUGCGGCGCGGCCACUACGCGAAGCGAGUUGGCGCGGGCGCGCCGGUGUACUUGGCCGCCGUGCUCGAGUACUUGACGGCGGAGAUCCUGGAGCUGGCGGGUAACGCGGCGCGGGACAACAAGAAGACGCGCAUUAUUCCGCGGCACCUGCAGCUCGCGGUGCGCAACGACGAAGAGCUCAACAAGCUGCUGGGUGGCGUCACCAUCGCGCAGGGCGGAGUCCUGCCCAAUAUCCAGGCUGUGCUGCUGCCCAAGAAGGCGGGCGGCGGCGGCGGAGCCGGGCCGGCCAAGAGCGGCAAGAAGGGGAGCAGGCAGCAAUCGCAGGAAUACUAAGGCCGGCCCCGCGCCGCCGGCGGAGACUCCCCUCCCUCGCCCCCAAGGCCCUUUUCAGCGCCGCCCACAGGGCUCAGCCGAAGGAGCUGCGGAUCCGUAGCGGGCUCGUGGGCGGGGACAGCGCGAGGCCCCCGCGCCUUAAGCUGUGUUGAGAGAGUCGGCUUUUCUGCAAAAGGGGAGCGGAGGCUAGAGGCGCAACAGCCUCUUCCCCUGGGGAAGCUGCCUGGGGUCCGGCUGUCCGUUGUACGAAGCGGGGGGAGCCCAGCCUAACGGUGCGCACGUGCUUUGAGAAUUAACUCAGCUGCUAGGAACCCUAAGACUCCUGUGGCACCUUACAGACUAACAGACAUGCCACAGGAUUCUUUGCUGCUUUUGCAGAUCCAGAGUAACACGGCUACCCCUCUGAUACCCUAGCGUGGGCCCCGGCCGGUGGAGCUGCUGUGUGCAAAGCCCUAGUGGCAUAGGAAGCUGCGGCGGGGUCUGUCUAGUUCUGCAAUUUCCUACCCCUCUGCUGACAUCCACUUGACUUAGCAGUGCAAACUGACCCUUAAAGACUUGUACGGGGGACAAGCGGUGUCCACCUUUAUAUCUUCAAGAGUCGCCCCCUGAGCUUUGCUGGGGAAAGCUUAAACAAACCUCCUGGAUCCUCUAAGUAACUGUUCAUGUGUACCGACGGAGGACUGAGAAGAGCCAUCUCAGAAUGCAACUGUGAAGCUGCCUCACUGUGUACUUUCUCAGAAAGUUUUUGGGUUUUUUUGUUUUAAAGAAACCCCUGCUUCUUGUUUAAAUACCUGUUUCAAAGUGCCACUGCUCUGAAAGAUGUAUAUCUACAUAGCAUGUUUUUCUUUUAACUUUAAGGCUGAGGGCAUCUUGCAUCAGAUCAAUGAGAACAAUUCAAAACAUUGUAAACUAACAAGCCCUCACCCUCUUGAGUAGAAGGCAGCUUUCACUUCUCUCAGCAGUGGUGAGACUCUUUACUAAUGUACUGUAAAAUUAUUUGUCUAAGACGUUACAACUAUGACUUUGAUUCUGCAGUGAAGCUGUACUUUGUUUGACCUGUUUCAACAGACAGCAUGGGCAGCCAGAAGCUCAGUACAGCCACUACAGGAUCAAACCAGAGAAAAUUAUAGGGUUAGUAUAAGCUUUUAGUUAACAAAACAGCAACCAUUUUUCUUUCAGCUAUGUCCUUUCACUUGAAGACUGCUAAAUCUGCUGUAGUUGCCUUUGUAACUUCCUGCACAGCCCAGAAAGUGUUUUUUGUAAUAAAGUAUGGGGUGACCUGCUA